UUACAUUAUAAGUGUCGAUUGUCACACACUUUAUUGUAAAAUUAAAAUUAUCUUACAAUGGCUUCCACUCUUAGAUUCUUCUUUCUCUUCACUCUCACUCUCAUAUUUGCUCAUUUUUCCACUACCAAUGGAUCGUUCUCCGAACAAUCCAACAUCAUGUUACCAACAAAUCAACAAAACACUGAAAAAUUAACUCAUUUGCACUUUUUUUACCAUGACAUCCUAGAAGGAAAAAAACCAACGGUAGUACAAAUUAUAGAUCCAUCAAAUUCAGCAAAUGGGUUUGGAGCAACAUAUAUGAUGGACAACCUCUUAACUGAAGAACAAGAGUUAACCUCAAAAAAAGUUGGUAGAGCUCAAGGCUUGUUUGGUUUGGCAUCUUUGGAAGAUCGUGGAUUGGUUAUGUUAAUUAAUCUUGCUUUCACCGAAGGUGAAUUUGCCGGUAGUACGCUUAGUAUGCUCGGAAGGAAUCCUGUUCAAGACACUGUCAGAGAACUUCCUAUUGUCGGCGGCACCGGCGUGUUUAGGUUUGCUAGGGGAUAUGCCAUUGCUAAGAGUAUUUGGGAAAUUUCAACAUCUGAACAUUUUGUUGUUGAGUAUGAUGUCACUGUUUCUCAUCCAUAGAACUCUUUCAAGUUCAUGUUUUUAGGGUUAUUGUUACUAUGGUGCUCCGAGACUUUAUGAGAUUGUUGCAUGAAUAAUAAUUGUGUAUCCCGUCACAUUUUGAGCAAUAAAUUAGUAGUUGUCAUGAAUUUGGGUUGAUCCACUAUGUCUAUUUUAUAUCGAUGUAUUCUCAUUUGAAUUGUAUCUGGAUUGUGUUUAAUGUCCCC